AUGAAGCAAGCGCUCACCCGGGUGUUUCAAUACUACGGCCCGAUCCUCGAUGUGAUUGCGAAGAGCAGCCUGAAGCGCAAGGGACAGGCGUUUAUUGUGUUUGACAGCGAGAAGGCAGCGCUCGAGGCGGUCGAGGAGAUGAACGGCUUUGAGAUGUAUGGCAAGGUCAUGAAGGUGCAAAGGGCAAAGACACAUAGCGACGAGACGGUCAAGCGGAAAGCACCAGACAUGUUCGAGGACCACAAGCGGAAGCGCCUGACGCUCAAGGAUUUCAAGCGCGCAGAAGAAGACGCGAAGGCGCAAGCCAACCCCGUGGCCGCCGAGAAGCCUCGCGCCGCCAAAACCGGAGCGGCAGCUGUGCCCGACGAAUACGUGCGACCCAACAAGACGCUCUUCUUGCAGAACAUUCCCCGCGACGUCGACGAGGACGACCUCACAACCAUAUUCGAGCGCUUCGAGGGUUUCAAGGAAGUGCGUUUGGUGUCGGUCAGGGCCGUGGCCUUUGCCGAGUUUGAGAAUGAGCAGUUUGCCAUUACCGCGAAGGAGGCGACGGCGAAUACCCCGAUUGGCGCAGAGGGCAAGCCUAUGAAGGUCACGUACCAGAGGCAGCAGUAG